ACCCCGCGAUAUGUCCACGCUCAAACAAACACCACGAUCGCCUUGAGCCUCCACGAACACCCCCCACCAACAUGGAUCAGCACGACAACCACAGCGAGGCGCCUCCGCCGUAUCCGGGACACCCGUCCGAGCUGCACAGCCAUCGCGACGCGCACGACACAAAUCCAGCAGACCCCGCGCCGGCUUACGAACCGUUGGUGGACAGGGCUAGCGACGGGCCGCUGGCUGAGGACACCAAUGACCGCCACGGCGUUCAGCCAGGCGCGCGGGCCGUCCCAACGUCUCAGCCAUCGCCUUCGCGUGCGAGAGCAUCAUCCUCCACAUCGCCGCGGCCUUUCCCCUCACCGUUCACAGCAGAGGCCUCCUCCUCACGCAACCCCUUUACCUACCUCAGGGACAAGAAGCGCGAGCGCGAAGCGACCAAGAAGGUCGAUUUUUACGAGAAGCAUUACGGGUUCGUGCCCAAGAACGUGCUGACGGAAGCGGAGUGGAAACGGAUCAGGAAGGAGGCGGUCAAGGUCAAGGUACCCGUGAAGAUGCGAUCAAAGGGCUACCAUUACUGGUGAACCGUCUGAUCAGGGAGGGAGAGGGAAGAGGGGCGUAGGGGCUGCAGAAGACCGAUCUGCAAACCGGAAAUUGCCGCCACAAAUUUGGUCCGACGCACAUUCAGUACAAGCAAGCCAUGAUGAGACCCACGCGUACAUGACGAUACCUAGAUACCACACAUAGCGAAUCGAUUCCGAUGAUGCUUUCCAUUUUG